UUUUUAUUUCACUUACUACAAAAAAAAAAUAUGGGUGGCUAUACGCGACUCCUCGUCGUCCUCUCCAUGCUCGCCGCCGUAGCUCUGACAUCAAAAGCACAAUACGUUAUAUCCAUCAACAAAGACGAAGCCACCAAACAGUUCUACACCAGUUUCUACAUCGGAGACGACGGCAUGGAAACUCGUGUAAACCUCCUUCUUGAUCUCGGAACCAACCUCACGUGGGCCAACUGCCGCAGACUCGAAUCUUUAUCAUCUCUCCACCUCGUCAGAUGCCAGAGCCCAACAUGCAAAGCCAUCCCUGGAAACGGCUGCGAUAGCCGUAAUAUCUGUCUUUAUCAGCAACCAAACCCUCUCGGCAAAAACUCCUCCGUAACCGGCCGUGUCGUCCAAGACACAGCCAGUUUCACGGCUUCCAGCUUCCGCCCCUUCACAUUCUCCUGCGCCGCCGUGAAAACACCCCAAGGCCUUCCUCCUCCGGUCGCCGGCAUUCUUGGUCUUUCUACAGGAGAAUAUUCGUUUUGGAGACAGGUAACGAAGAAGUUUAACAUCAUCCCGCAAUUCACUCUUUGCUUGCCUUCUUCCGGCACCACCGGUAACUUCUACAUCGGCGGCAUUUCUUACAGCGUCCCAAGGACUCCAACGUCAAUGAGAGUUAGCUCAGGAGAGUAUUUUUUCGUGGUUAAUUCCAUCUACGUUGACGGGACUCCUUUAUCUUUGAACCCUGGUUUGCUAAACGGCGGAGCCAAGCUAAGUACGGUGGUUCCGUACACCGUUCUCCACACUGAUAUCUACAAUGCUCUUGCUCAGUCUUUUACACUCAAGGCUAAGGCAAUGGGAAUAUCUCAAGUCCGAUCGGUGGCGCCCUUCAAAAACUGUUUCGAUGCACGUGCCGCCGCAGGAAAUAAUAUUCCGGUGAUAGAGAUUGGGGUGCCGGGGAAAAUAAGGGAGGAGAGGUGGACAUUCCACGGGACUAAUACGGUUGUGAAUAUCAACAAGAAGGUGAUAUGUUUGGCGUUCAUCGACGCCGGAAAGAAACCGAAGGAGAAUAUUGUGGUUGGGACAUAUCAGCUACAAAAUUAUAUUGUCACGUUCGAUAUGAGCAGGACGGAACUUACGUUUAGUGACUCGCUCUUGCUCCACAACACUAGCUGCUCCUCUUAAUGACGUUUCUUAUAAAAUGGAGAGAUAAUCAAAAGGAGCACAAGUGCACAACAUUAUUAAUUACUAGAAUCAACCUUUAUCUUUCUCAAGUUUCUUCCUUAUUACGUGUUUUCUAUUUUCUUGGUAAGUACUACAUGCCAUUUUAAUUGGAACUUUUAAUGAGAUUUUGGUGAAUAUCUCCAGAUUGACAGAGUAUCUUUUUCGUUAUUUCUAUAGUUUCGUCUCUUUUGUUGCCGACAAAUGACCACUUUUUUAUUGUUUUGCUUAUAUGGUUAGAAUUCCGAAAUGAUUAUUU